AUGCCACCUACCCCUGCAACAUCUACAGAUAUCACUGGCAAGAAUGAUGCCCACAAGCCGCCUCCUAACCAAUUGUUUGACCUUCCUCCGCCAGCCUUGACAUCUCUGCAAAACAGCACUCCGAAUGCUUCCGGCCAUCGCCCAAUUCAACCAGCUGGUGCUUCGGCAUACUCACUACCACCUCCACCCACACGCUCACGAACGAUCAUUCAGAUGACACCAAAAUCUUUGCCUAAGGAUGACGAGAUACCGGCGAGGCAGUCUUUCCCCAAGGCAUCAAGCAAACGGGGAAGAACAAGCUCGGGAGCCGCGACAGCGCCCAAGAAGCAGCCUAGCUCAACAUCUGCAGCGGGCAGAAAGAUUGCGAGGAAGACUGCACACAGUGUGAUCGAACGUCGCCGAAGAAGCAAGAUGAAUGAAGAGUUCGGAACUUUGAAGGACAUGAUCCCAGCUUGCUCCGGACAAGACAUGCACAAACUCGCUAUUUUGCAGGCAAGCAUUGAUUACCUACGCUAUCUCGAGGCUUGUAUCACAGACCUCAAGGCCGCCAACAACGCUCUCUCGACUCCUCUCGUUCAACCGCAAGCCCCAUCCCUUCGUGACGAUCAUGAUGCGACAGAUUCUUCAGACGAUGAAGAAGAGGACGAGGAGCCAACGAAUGCAGUCGGUAAGGAGAGCGGACCGAUGGAAGGCGUAAACCACCACAACGUAAUCCCAACGGAGCCCUCAAACAUCCAACCCACAGCAAUGUAUACUCCACAAUCCAGCAUCAAUUCACCGGACGACAGUAAUCAGACCCAACGACAUCGAUCAUCUUAUACAUCCUCUAUGUCAUCUCUACCGUCUCCACUCUUCGGACCACAUCGCCGUCUACAAAGCCAACAUUCAACUUCUGCGUACUCUUCAGCUUCGUUAGUAACGUCGCCUACAAUUGUGCCAAAUAGCGAACAAGACGAGGAAGCUACCGCGGCCCUGCUAAUGCUGACAAAUGAUCGAAGACACCUUCCUUCGCCAACGAAGGUGAAGAAGGGUUUGAGCGUCAAAGAUCUGCUAACGCAUUGA